CCAAUUGGAGCGAUAACAAGAUUGCAUUAAUAAUAUUUUGAAAGGAGAAAAAGAUUGAAAAGCACAAAAUGUCCUUAAAUUUUCGUUAUCAUAUAUUAAAGAGCGUGAAACCAUAUACCAUAUACAUUCCACAAUUAAAUAAAUCAGCGCUUCGAGUCUUAAUACAAGUCUCUGUGCAUUACAUUGAGACAAAAAAAUCGUCAGCCGACGUCUUAGCACUCGCAAUUAACAAACUGAAAAAUGCAGGCCACGAAGUACCUAAGAAUUUUUGUGAAUUAUUCACAAUGGUGCUGCUGAUCAUGCAAAUAUAUUUGCGAUAUCCAAAAGGUGUGGUUAAAGACCAGGAGCUGCGUCAGUGCUUAACUGAGGAUUUGUGCUUCACAGAUGCGUGCGCAGAGGAUUUAACCAAGGUGCUGCUCAACCACCGCGCCACGCUUAGCAGAAAUUUUGCGGAAACCAAAAUGGAAAGAGCAAAAAUGCUGGACAUGCAAUGGCGCAUCAACAUUUCCCUGGGCUCAACGAUGGCCCAACUGGAUAAACCCACUAUUGUGCUGCAUUUCAAAUUGAAUAAUGGCGAGUAUCGCACCUUGGAGCUGCCAUUAUCAAUGUUUCAACGUUUGCGAUACAAUGUGGCUGUGAUGCUGAGCGAGCUGCAGUCAUUGCAGAAUCGCCCUGUUUUGAAACAGUUUUAGUUACUUAAUUGCACUUAAUUAUAGAUAAUAUUAGCUAGACUUUAUUGCUAUUUAUAAAUGUAUUAACUUUUAUUCUUAAUACUAUGCUAAUGCUG